AUGGAGCCACUUGUUGAAGACCUCGACGAGUUUAUGCGCGACCUCAGCUUUCCCAAGGUCGACGAAGAAAAAUUCGCCAAGGCGUACUCCCGCAUCGCCGACAUCCGCACCCACUUUUUGAAGGUCUUCGAAAACGAGGAUUACGAGGAUAGGGACGUGACACAAGCCUGGGCGGACAUGGACGUCGCACAUACCCUCUGCCCCGGUACUGUCUUCGGGCCCUCGGAGAACAACUACCGGCUCGGAGGGGCCGCAGGGUCAAUCCGUGACAUCGGGUAUUUCGUCCAGCAACACGACAAGGAAUUGGUCACGCCAUCCAAGGAGCCCAACUGGGGUUUCCAGCGAUUCACUCUGGAUUUCCAACGAGGGGACCCCUUCGACGACGAGGCCGUCUCCCUUGAGUCCGAGGCGGACCGCAAUCAGCUGCUUUCCUACGCCAACCUCGUUUUCAAGUACCAGCAUCGUGAGUUCUUGUACAUGCUCUCCGUCAAUAGCUCCAGGUUCCGUCUGCUGCACUGGGACCGGUCUGGUAUUGUAGUGACGCCGCCGAUGGACUACACGGCUACUUUGGACGACACCAAGAGGCUCCUCAGAGUUCUCUUCUCCCUCUCACGGAUGGACAACAAGCAAGCCGGAUCUCAGCCCUGGAUGCGACAUCAACCACAAGCAGUCCCCCGAGUGUUUGGAUCUGCCUUUCCCAAGCACCUCCGCCGCACCUUCCCCCAGCCCAAUCCUCCCCCCGUCCAUCCUUCCUUCACUCCCGAUGGCGUCUGCGGUCGUCAGACUCUAGAUGAGACCCAGUCCGACAAGCCACUAUCCACGUUGUGGGACGACUCAGACUUCGACCCGCGUACUUUCACCUACAUCCGCCAACGCUUCAAGGCAUCACUCGUCAAAGGCCUCCUAUACGUGGUCGUCAUCACGGGGAACUUCAUUGCUCUGGAGUGGCACACCCAGCGUUUUGUCUGGCUCAAGGACUGCUGGCAUCCAUUCUAUGCCGACGCCGGUGUCGAGGGCGAGCUGCUCCGGCGACUCAAUGAGCACGUUGAACACGUGCCCACCGUGCUUGUGUAUGAAGACUGCGAAGGCCAAGUCACCCAUCGAACUCGGCUCAGGUCGAACCUACAAGGUGCUGCCGACAUCGCACACACCAAACCACACGCAUACAGCGAGCUGUCCGAGUCCCCGGCACCACCGUCGUCGGCCCAUGCUGCAUCACCGACAGCCGGAACGAAGCGACUUCUCGACGAGGACGAAGCGAAGCGCUCUAAUGAUGAGACGACGACGGAGCUCGCCGGAUGUCACCUGCGGCACUGUCGCUUGGUCGUUGCGGAGGUGUGUCUCAAGCUCUCCGACUUCGAGAGGUCGCAACAGUUGGUGCAGGUUUUGUAUUGCGCUUACCGCGCUCACAAGACGGCCUACAAGCGCGGGAUCGUUCAUCGCGACGUCAGUGCGGGGAAUAUUCUCAUAUGUCCUGUCUUCUUUCACAAAAACGGCCUGUCCGCGAUCAUCCGGCUAGGUCUUCUCGCGGACUGGGAAGUGGCUAAGGAUCUAAGCGGCCGCUCACAAGUAUCGCAGCCACCACACACGGGCACGUGGGCUCACCUCUCCGUCGCCCGACAAAACGACAAGAACCGGACGCCGGACGUCGGGGACGAGACGGAGUCGUUCUUGCACGUCGUCGCGCAUCAAGUCCUUCGGUUCGUCCACCACGACUGGGAGCAGGGGGAUGUGCACUCCUUCUGCUUCGCGUACUUCGAUAGCUGUCAACGCCAACCGAGGUUGCAGUGCAGUGUCACGAAGGAGAGGUGCAUCAAGGAAGGCAGGUUGGGGCACCCUCAGGACUUCAACCUGGCUCCUCACUUCGGCACGAAGGACGGCCCAUACCGUGCCCACCCCCUCAAUGUGCUCAUCGACGAGCUGCUCACGCUCUGCUCCGCGCGCUUGGCAGUUCUCCAGCACCAGCAAGUCUCAGAAGCACAGCGCCAGUGGCAGGCGCUUCCCCGAGUGCGUCUUGCCCCCGAGAACAGAAACCAGGGCACCACGCUACUCAAGAAAGCCGCUCUAGAUGUCGUGAGCGACCCGGGUGAGGAUGAGCCCGUGCAAGAGGCCUCCGUCGUCGGUGAUCCUCCGUCCUCGCCCGAAGAAAGCGUCAAGGCAAAGGCGAAACUGCUGGAUGACCACCGCUACGUCGAGAAGCGGUUGCGGCAGUUUGCGUUUCCAGACAGCAUCAAGGGUACCGAGCUCUACGUUUGGGAGUGGCCGAAGGAAGACAGGACGGGCCAGGACAUGCUGAUGGGUUAUAACCCAAACCAAUUCUCGAUCCCUCCGCCUCGGGCUGCCUCCAAGGCGAGGAAGACGUCGGAAGCCCAGUCGGUGAAGGAGGCUCGAUUGAGCGGUCACUAG